ACCACCUGAAGGGAAUGAACCAAACCAAGGUUAUUUUGUGACAGUGAUGUGCCUGGGUCUCACCCUCAGGAUAUUUGCAAACCAGAGUAAAAGUAAGGGGUUUAGGGACAAAGCCUGUUCUUCAACUUCCACAAUUGUUGGAAAGUAGGGAGCCAUUUCAAACCUUAUCACAGUCUGGCUCUGCGUCUCAGAAUUUGUUUUCAGAAAGCUGCCGAGGAGGCUUUCGGAUGAACCCGGACGCCCACAUUCCAGAGACAGAUGCUCUCAGGUCUGAGGCGAGUCGGGUGUUCCUCUCUGCUGGCUUUGGCUGAGCACAGGCUGUAGCUGCCAGGAGCUGGUUCCAUUAACCUCCAUUAACUGGGGCAUCCCCCCAGCCGAGCUGCGGGGCUGCGGCGCAGGGCUUCCUCUGGGUGAUGCCUGUCCCCGCUGCGCGGCUGCUGGAAGGAGCUGGCAGCGAUGGCAUUCCUCACCAGCACAACCAGCAGCAGCCUGCGCUGAAGGGAGGCACACAGUGAAUCAGGGAGCAGCAUUUCCAACCCAGGAGCUGGCUGUGGGGAGCCUGGGAGCAGCACUUCCAACAGGAGAGCUGGAGUUUGCGUCCGAGUCCUAACAUCAACCAGAAAGAAAUCUCUCAAGAUUGAGUCUUUUUCAGUAAAGAAAAGAUAAAAUGGCAUCAAUGUUGCUUAGUCGACAGCUGACCUGUUGCCUGCAGCAAAACUCCAGACUGCUGGUGUUUGGACACAGGUAUAUCAGUCAAGCUGCAGCUAAAAUUGAUGUGGAUUUUGAUUAUGAUGGACCUCUGAUGAAGACAGAAGUUCCUGGACCACGAUCUAGAGAAUUAAUGAAGAAGCUGAAUGGCAUUCAGAAUGCAGAAGCUGUGCACUUCUUUUGCAAUUAUGAAGAGAGCCGAGGGAACUACCUUGUAGAUGUAGAUGGCAAUCGUAUGUUGGAUCUCUACUCUCAGAUUUCUUCCAUCCCAAUAGGUUACAGCCAUCCCUCUCUGAUAAAGCUUUUACAGCAGCCACAGAACCUGAGCACUUUUAUCAACAGACCUGCCCUAGGGAUUUUACCUCCAGAGAACUUUACAGAAAAACUGCAUGAGUCUUUGCUAUCAGUGGCUCCUAAGGGCUUGUCACAGGUGAUGACCAUGUCUUGUGGAUCCUGCUCUAAUGAAAAUGCCUUUAAAGCAAUAUUCAUGUGGUACAGAAACAAGGAGAGGGGCCAUAAUAAUGUCACAAAAGAAGAACUGGAAUCUUGCAUGAUUAACCAGGUAACAUUAGUUCUUUACCCCACCUACAGGUGUACCCAGUGGUUGGGGCUUGGAAGGGAAGAUUGGGAGGAAAAGUUUGGCUUGCUACAUGUGAAGUGGAAUCUGGGCUUUGUACAUUUAGGAAAUGGUGAAAUACAGACUGCUCCCAACAAAUAUCAAGGAGUCAUCAGGAAUGCAUGGGGGUGCAGCACAGGGGAGCCCCAGCCUCUCCUCACUGAGCCCCCCAGGCACAGCCACCCUGUAAACAUGUGCUGGAGCCCCAGCCUCUCCUCACUGAGCCCCCCAGGCACAGCCACCCUGCAGGCUCUUAUUUUCAUGCUGAAUCUGCAGUUCCCUAUUUGUACUUAUAAAAAUAUAACUCCUGGGAUGGGUAUUAUUUUAAUUUUUCCCUCUCUGGGCAUAGGUUGCUUAGCUACAACUCACUCUAAAGCAAUUCACAAACUGGACAUUCCCUCACUGGACUGGCCUAUUGCUCCAUUUCCAAGACUAAAGUAUCCCCUGGAGGACUUUGUGAAAGAGAAUCAACAGGAAGAAGCCCGUUGUUUAGAGGAGGUGGAAGACCUGAUUGUAAAGUACAGGAAAAAGAAGAAGAUUGUGGCUGGAAUCAUUGUGGAACCAAUACAGUCGGAGGGUGGGGACAAUCAUGCUUCAGAUGAUUUCUUCAGAAAGCUACGAGAUAUUGCCAGAAAGCAUGGCUGUGCAUUCCUGGUGGACGAGGUGCAGACAGGAGGCGGCUGCACAGGAAAAUUCUGGGCCCAUGAGCACUGGGGCCUGGAUGACCCAGCUGAUGUGGUAACAUUCAGUAAGAAGAUGAUGACAGGAGGAUUUUUCCACAAAGAGGAGUUCAGGCCAAAUGCUCCCUACCGGAUUUUUAACACCUGGCUUGGAGAUCCAUCCAAGAACCUUAUGCUUGCUGAAGUCAUUAAGGUUAUUAAAACAGAAGACCUUCUAAACAAUGCAACCCAUGCUGGGAAAGCACUACUGACUGGGCUGCUGGAUUUGCAGGCUCGUUACCCCCAUCUCAUCAGCAGAGUGAGAGGAAGAGGAACAUUCUGUUCAUUUGACACUCCAAAUGAUGCAACUAGAAACAAGUUAAUUACAAUAGCCAGAAACAAAGGUGUUGUUCUGGGAGGCUGUGGAGACAGAUCCAUCCGUUUUCGUCCAACACUGAUCUUCAAGGAUCACCACGCGCACCUCUUUCUGAACAUUUUCAGUGACAUCUUAGCAAACUUCAAGUAAAAAGCAGUUCCCUCGCACUGAACAGCUGAUUAUGAAAUUAGUUUGCAUUAAUUCAUGUCUUCUCUACUUACAGGAUAAGUGUAAAGUCAUAAACUGAGGUUUGUGUUCUGUCUGUAAUCCUGCCCAAGGCAAGCUGCUCCAUGCACACGCGCCCCAGGCAGAGCAUUGGCACUGGUCACCAGCAGGUACAUGCAGCUGUCCCUCACUGUGCAUUCCCUAGAAAAUGUGGCCUGGUGCAUUCCCUAGAACCUCCCUCUUCUGGCCUGGGCCAUGUUAACUGCAGAGUCCUCCCUACAGACAUGUCCCUGACUCUCCAGUGUCUGAGCAGGGCCUGGUACAGUCUGUUUCCACAGGUGACCCUGGUAGAUUUGCGUCCAGAAGCAGCAACAAGUGUGGCCAAACGCUCAGAGCCACACACCUGCCACACAGAGUGCCGUUCUCUAAUGGCAGCUGGAAUAAAAUCAGUGUUUCAAGGAAAGCUCUGCUUUCCACCACUGCCAAGCACAGUAUUUUACAGAAUAAUUUCCAGCUUUAUUCCUUCGAGUACAGGCAUCUGCCACACCAACUGCAUCAGGGCACUGUCAGCUCUGCCCAGCCUGCACUCACUCCUUCACUGGUGCCCUCAGCCACACCUACAGAGCUGCAAGUGGCACUGAAGCCAUUGUCCUUUUGUCCUCAUCAUGGAUGGGUUUUAAAACUUUUGACUUCUCUUACAAGCAGACUUGUACAGAGAAAACCCUACCCUGAAGUAUGUAAUUUGACAAAGCUUACUUGAGAACCAUGCAAAGCACAUUCUUCCACUUCUGCCAGCAAUCUAGAAUGAUUCCAGAUUAUUUUCCCAUUUUCCCAGAACACACAAUAGCCAUUAACUUAUCUAUUGUAACUUCUACACAAAUACUUGAGGUAUUUUGUAAAACUAAAGCAGAAAUGCCAUUUUCUGGUAUCAGAGCCACUACAGUGAAGGACUAGUCCUGACUGCACAUUUAUAAUGCAAAGUAAUCUAUUUUUGUUCUAAUAGUAUAUUCUAAGUCAUCGAUAAUGUCAGAGAUCUUCUAGAAAGCCACAUGAUCAAAAAAUGUGUCAAGAGUUCAUUUAUUUGUUUCUCUUCAGAAAAUUGUUUUGGAUGUCUCUUUACUGUUUGCUGAAGGCUGACUUGAACUAGAUCUGGUGCCUUUCUUUUUCUUUUCCCUGGUGAGCAUCUGGAUAUUGUUUACUAAGUUUAACUUUUCGUUGUGCACCAAAAAACAGGGACCACAAUGGACAUUUACAGUUGCCCUUUCAGGACCUGACCAGAGUUUUUAAGUACAUAAUAAGAGACAGAGAAGUUAAAAGAUUUACAUGUUUAAUACAGCUACCAAAAUGUGAAAAGGUUCCUUACCUGCUUUGAGAAGUGUUAAUCAUGGUUUCCCCAUUUUAAAAUACUGGUAUUGGGAAACUCCAGCACAAUCACUUCUGCCAGCUUAAACCCAGUGGGAUUUCUGUAAGCCUCUGCAGAAAGCAGAAUUCUGGUGCCAGCUGGGCAGAACCUGAGAAGGUUUUUGAACAGAGGUUGUAGAAAUCUGGGGGAAGGACCAGUAAAAAUUGGUGUUCAACAAAACUUCAUUCUCAUCGCUGUCCUCAUAAGUGUAUUAUCAGUAAAAGGAAAGUCAAACCAAGAACUGGAUUUGACAGCAUUUUGGGAAUUAGUUUGUUCAACAUAUCAGUGCAGUAGUUUUAGUGAAUGUCUCUAGCAAGUCUUGUACUUUUACAGAAGCAAAGGUCCAGUAAUUUGAAGUCUUACCACAUCUUCACUUUUAUUAUGACUACUCUAGGUGUUUUUAUAAUUUUUACUGACACUCAGUAACUAUAUAAUUGUGUACAACAUGUUGAUGAAAUCAUUAGAGAAUACAUAGAAAGCACUGCAGCUGAAGCAUAUAAAGUUAAUAUUGUUUACAGCAUACUGUGGACAGUGCCAAAUAAAUGUUUAAACAAAUACUUAAGUACACUUCAUGGUGUAACUAGUAACUGUACACAGAUUCAUAACAAAUGACAUCAAUCGUGUAAUCAAUAUUCUUAAAUAAAAUAUUUAUAAUUGAA